UCGGGAAAUACUAUAAGAUAAUGUUUUUUGAAUAAGCGUGGGUGCACGAACACUCCAUUGCUACCUCUAUAAAUAAUGGUGAAACUAUAGCACCAUACUCCCAUUAUUAGCUACUCUGUUUUCUUCUACGUUAAUUAUUUUUCCUUGAGAAAGAUCACAUACUAAAAAAUCACGAAGGUGAUAAUGUCAGGGCUCCGUGAUCAACUACUGGAGAAGAAUGAAAUAUCAGAUAGUUACUAUCAUGUUGAUCAACAUAGCGAUUCAAUGAAGGUGGAAGAACAAAACAAUGACAUUUCUGAUAACCUGGACAAUUCAGAGAACGAUUCUCUGCAAACCAAACACUCCACAGGUAGCCCUGUUGACACGGGAACCGCAUGGGUUUACAGAGAUGAAAACGGAAAACAGUUCUUUGAAAAGCAAUUAAGCGAAGAUGACAUUACUGGCGAUCACUUAGAGAUACCCAGGAGAUUGGCGCAUUAUAUACAGAGCUUGAAAUUAAAACGCCGUGUUAAUGCUGGAGAAAAAACACGGAAAGUCAAUUUGGUAGGAGAAAAUGAAUGUUAUUACUUCACUGGACAAUGGAAGGAUUUCGUAAUGGAAAAUCAAUUGAAAGCUCAUAAGGAUUUGGUACUUCUUGAGAUUUCUCAGCAAUUGGGCCUUCGAAUAGGACACACUUGUGACCAAAAAGCUAUUGACAUGAAUAACCCUGUACUGCUCAGACGUUUGUCUAGAGCUGAUGUAAAAGCCCUAUAUAUAAAAAAGUUGAGUGAACGAUAUUCGUUUAGUCGUGGUGCUACAGGAUUAAUAGAGAUAGAACCAGUUGUUGAGAUGAAAUUAUGUUCGCAAAUUGUGUACAGAUAUGGUGGCCGUACUAAUGGUGUAAUGUUCAUAGAGCUACCAAAGAAAGACGUAGAAGAGAAUUUGGGUCGCGAUCUUCCUCUUCCUGCAGCAGGCGGAGAUAUUGCCCUGCCUUUAUUUGAUCCUGUGGGGAACAAUUUGGUAGAGAUGAAAUUAUUGCAUACUGAGAUGGGUGAUCAAUACCAUCUUGGAGGGGGAUGGGAAGUGUAUGCUGCAAAACAUGGCUUAUUAAUUUCUGAUACAAUUUUUCUUGACAAGGUAACCGUGCAGGUUGGCAAUGAUCAUGAUCAGCUGAAUACUGCACAGUUUUCGUGUCACUAUGAAAUUACUUACCAGAGACGAAGACGAGGAGGCACUAAAGAACAGAACAGAUCAGCAGCACCUGCUAAUUCCGUUAAAGAUGUAGUUCGUGUCACCAAAAUAAUAAGUGAGUCAUCAGAAUAUGAAGGUGAUUCGUCCUGGCUCCAAUACUGCACUCCAUAGUUUAGAAUUUCAGUUAUAGGCGAAAAAUGUACCCACCUUUAACCUCAUGAGACCCCAUCAAUUGUCCAUUCCCCUGUCUUGUACUCCAUUUCAUUAUUGAUUUAUUGAUGUUGAGUUCCUGGUUACUUAUAGUUCUACGUGUUUAUAAGUUGAAGAUAUUUGUUACAUUCAACAAUAGUGCAUUGUGUAUAAGUAGAAGUUAUUUGCCACAUUCAACAACAGUGAUAACAUAGCAAUUUUAUCUUUCUGAGGUGAUGCAAUUAUGGUUAAAACAACAACUCUCAAUGGUGUUUGAUUGAAGGCAAUUUUAUUUUAAAGGGAAGACCUUUUGCACACAUCCAGUACGAAUAAUUAAAAUAUUAUACAUACUCUUAGAAUGUGUAGUCUUAAACUAAGCCAAGUAAGAACCUGUCACAGAAACGUGCUAAAAGGGAAAAAAUGUGAUAAAUAAAUUGAAACACAUAGAAGAUUAAAAAUAAACAAAGUAUGUCAAUGCAGAAGAAA